AACUCACCAUGAACAGGGUGUUCCGCGAUCUAAUCGACAAAUGUGUUAUAAUUUACUUGGAAGACAUCCUGAUUUACAGCAAGACCCGAGAGCAACAUUUAAAGGACUUGGAAGCGGUCUUUCAGCGGCAGCAGCAGCAUCGUCUCAUCACCAAGGGCUCCAAGUGCGAGUUCUUAAAACAAGAACUGGAGUUCAUGGGGCACGUGAUAUCCACGGAGGGGAUUCAAAUAGACCCGAAAAAACUCCGAGCUAUUCAGGAGUGGAAACCGCCAACAAAUCUGCAGGAGUUGAAAUCAUCUCUGGGUUUUGUGAAUUACGUGAGGCGGUUUAUACCCAAUAUGGCAGGGUCAACAAGACCUCUAACCGACCUACUGCAUAAGGGGACUUAUUACGAGUGGGGAGAGAAGAAGCAAGCAGCAUUCAAGGCAUUAAAAACUCUUUUAAUGCCGCCACCACUUCUUCGCAUCGCUGACCCGGAACGGCCCUUCGAAGUCAUCACCGACGCACGUGAAAUCGCCAUCGGAGCAGUGCUCAUGCAAGAUUUCGGCAAUGGUCUUCAGCCAAUCGCUUCGGAAUCUCGGAAAAUGCAAUCGGCGGAGCGCAACUAUCCGGUAUACGACAAGGAGAUGCUGGCGAUUGUCCACGCAUUCAAAAUCUGGACGUGCUACCUGACUGGAGCAGACGUGACGGUGCGAACCGACCAUAAAUCCCUACAUUUCCUAAGCAAGCCGUAGACCGGGCGCUGAAAGAGCCACUG